CAAAUUUUUAAAAAAAUGUCUUGUAUUAAAUAAAAAUCUCAAUUUUUGUUUUUAAUUAAAUUAUAAAAUGUUUAUAUUAUGUGCGAGAAAUUAAUGAUGCGUAUUUCAACUAGAUUUCCUCUGCCAGUUCUUAUUAUUGGUUUCGUAUUUGUCUUCACUUUGGCAGUGCUGUGGCUGCGAAGAAUGGGCCAGGAUACAACAUACAAGAGUGGCCAGUCUGACAACGUGGAAACUUUACUAAAUUUAAACUAUAAGGAUAUUAAUGAGGUAAGAAUUGUAUAGACUACGUGGAUAUUUUACGCACUUACGAGUAUUUGAAGUAUUUUUUUCUUGCCAAAAUAUGAUCACUUAACUUUUGAGACAAAAUGUCCAAAAAACGACCGAGCUGAUCCUGUUUGCAGCCGGAAUGGUGUUGCAGACUUACAGUGCUUUCUCUAAUCUCCGGCUGGAAAGUCAGAAUGACAAGAAAUGUGACAAUUUCGAAGGAUUAGGGUUAUAAAUAAUGGCAACGCAUUUGUUGAUAUGCUGAAUCAUGUCAUCUUACCUAAUUGGGACAAAUCUGAGCCGAAUAAUAUCCACCAUAAGGCCUUGGAUUAAAAAAAACCCUGUGCUUCUGGUUUCGUAUUGUGAAAAAAUUAGGGUAGGUAGGUCGGCCAGAAAAGAGUCCCGACAUAGGUCGGUUCAGUAGAGUCCCGACAUGAAUAUUAAGAAGAGAUGCAUAUUGCCUAUGAACGAAUUUAGGCAAUUUGUUGUUGUUCCGUUUAUAUGUCUUAAUUAUGGAAAUGGACACAGGAUGCAUUAUGUACUUGUGUUAUGUAUGCGUGUUACAUACACAGACGUUCCAACUCUCCCGAUUUUACCGGGAGUCUCUUGAAAAUUCAUGCAAUUUCCUGGUCUCCCGAUUUUUAUCAAAUUCUCCCGAUUUUUAUCAAAUUCUCCCGAUUUUUCAGAAUAUUCAGGAAAUAUCAUAACAAAAUUAUAAAUAUACUGUUUUUAGCAACAUAAUAGUCUGUCUUUGACCUUUUUUGAAGUUGCUUUAUGGCAAUUUAUAGGAUCACUUAUAACGACCCUAAAUGCAGGAAACGCCAUUUCAGAAGACUUAAUUUUUAUUAUUUUUCCCAGAAGAACUAGAUUUCAAUUCACUGAACAGUCUCCCUAAUUUUUACCUCCAGUGGUUGGAAUGUCUGCAUACGCAUUUAGGCAAAGUUGGAUAGUUCGUCUUAAAUCAGCACACAACUGCUGAUAGUUUGUUCAGAUGCAUAAUAAUUCUAGCUGAUAAUUUGUCAGAUUAAUUAUAUUUUAGAAGACAGAUACAAUGCAUCCAUCGGAUCAUGUGGUUCUACAGUUAGCAUAAAAACAGCCUGAACUAAUGGCUGUAAAAGUGAUCUGACACCACAAUAAAUAUUAUAAACAUUUCAAGAAGCAGGUAAAUGUUAACAAUUAACUGUAUACUGCUGUUGCUUUCGUUUACAACACAUGAAAAGCAACUGUGAGAAUUAAAUGAGUAAAGCACCAUCAGUCCGUCACUGUCUCAGAUACCAUUUUGGCACGCUGUAUGAGCAGUCUGCAAGUCGCAACCACCCCGAGAAAAUAGGGUUCCAUGGUCAAUUGCGUCGAAAAAAAUAAUAGGGUUCGCAGAAAAAAAAUAGGGUUGGUUGGGAAACCGGAACCACAGGUAUUUUUAGGCCUCAUCUGGUUAUAUAGAAUUUGUUCCCAAUGCCACCAGAGCUGAAUGUUUGAACUGUAAAGCAGCCGGAGCGAGAGCUGUAAACCUGAGUUUGCACAGCACUAUAGUUGUUAUAUAGAUAUGAUUUGAUUGUCAGUAUUCUGGCGCUGGUAGUUCAAAGCAUUUGGUUAAUCCAUUGAAUGGCAGCACUCUCCACUUGACAAGUAAAAUCAUCUGGUGUUAGACAGUGAGAGUAAAACACUAAAGUAGAGUGCUUCAGGGUGCAUAUUAGAAUGUUAGGGAUUGUAAUCCAAGUGAUUAUAUACAUGCCACUUAAAGGGUUAACCCUAGUCAGUGGCAAUUGCACCCUGAUGUGCCCUACUUUAGUAUUUUACUCUGUCUAAUGGAGAGUGCUGCCACUCAAUGGGUUAGCCAUAAUUAAAUUUUAGCCUGCUGUUUUGGUUUGUGUAUUUCUGAAUAGAUAGAUAGAUAUAGAUAGAAACUUUAUUUGAAUUCGGAUUUAAGUUAGCAAAAAUAUGCUAGUAUCUCUGAAGAUAAUUAACAAAUUACUAAAUAAAAAAUGUGAACUACAAAUUGUCCCUAUGUAUCAUGCUAGUGUUAAUUUAAUAUCAGUAAGAUUAGUAAAAUAUUAAAAUUAAAGAUUGAAAUAAGAUAAGUUAAUUAUUUUGAGAAUUAAAGUCUUUUUACGAAUAGCAGUUUUAACAACAUUCAAGUUUUCAGUGGCGUGCUGGCAGGGGGGGCCGGGGGCCACGGCCCAUCCAGCUGGCAAUUUUUGGGGGGCGCAAAAAUGAAAAGGGGGCGCCGAUCCCGCGCCGAAUUUUGAAAGUAGGUAGGAAGAAACGCAUUCAAAAAAAUAUAGUUACUAAUUCCGCCAAGGAAAGAUGUGUUUAUUGACUUAUAAACAGACUAAGCGCAUAUGCGACAAAGUGAGUAUAUUAAAUUGCAGACUAUUUUGUCUAACCGUAUUUGCUACCUCACGACUCACACGAAAUCACUCGUUCAUAUAGAAACAUGAUCAGCGAUCACACGCAAUGUCUCAUUACCGGAAUAUUGACCAGGCUUCGAAGCGAUCACGGGAAUUAUGCCCUUUUUUGCUGGUAUUAUACCCUUACAUUAUGCCCUUUAUUAUGCUUCACGAAUCACGAGAGCGGCGCAAAUUAGAUAGUUGAAGUUAUGAUAAUGUAAAGUUGUGUACGCAAUUUAGUUGUUUGCGCAAGAAACAUUAUGAGUAAUGUAAGUAAUGAGAUAAUGAUGAAACACGCCCUUUUGGCAGCCAGGCAAGGAAACCUUAAAAUGCAUAUGCGUGGGGUUCGUGUGUUAUUGUAUAAAAGAGCUGUAAAUUGUAAAUGUAUUCAGAUCAGUAGAGAAUAGAAUUGGGAUUAGAUUAAUUGCUGUAAGUAGUUAGCAUUGCCCAAUUUAAGUGCUACUACUAAAUUCUAACCAAUUUUCAAAUUUCGACACGUUGUAAUGCCGUUUCCUGACCAUCAGAUUUCUGUCAAAUCUUCCCCCAAAGUUCAGGAAAUGCCAUUUCAGAGACUCUAAAUUCAAAAAUUUUUCUGGGGGACAUGCCCCCGGACCCCCCUAGACAAACCUCGCACCUGCGGCGCUAGGCUCGUGCCUUCGGCCCUCGUUUAUCAAGGGUAAUAUUAUAGGGGCGCAUAUUAGUUGCCAGCCGACUGGCCUCCCCAGAAAAAUAGUACCCAGCACCCCACUGCAAGUUUUUAGCUGUUCUUUCAAUAUCUGAUAAACUGUUCCAUUGUUUUGGUGCACAAUAUAUGAAGCAAUUCAGACCAUACUUUCUGGUUCGUACUUUGGGCAGUUUUAGUUUACGUACUCCAUGGAGCGACGUGUACGCUCUGUCCUACAGCAGUUCCCGGAUAUACGUUGGAGCUUCAUCAUUUAAGGACUUGUAUACUUGUAUAAGCAUAUCUUGAAUACGACGAUCGUUAAGCGAAACUGUUUUAGUUUUUUCUAAAAGCAAUUCUUAAGGACUGAUUUUAUCGUUGAAAAUAAAACGCAAGGCUCUUUUAUUAACUUCAAUGAGGGAUUCUUGCACUUCACUUGGUCGAAUUAAUAUUAGAAUGUUAGGUAAAUUAAUUCCACCAAGUGAAGUGCAAGAAUCCCUCAUUGAAGUCCACCUUAUAACAACCCGCACACCCGAUUACCUAUAUAUACAUGAACCUACGGUUACAGCUUAACAGCUGGCCUCUGUAGCUCAGUUGGUUAGAGCGCUGCACCGGAAUUGCAGGGCCGUAGGUUCAAUUCCUACCAGAGGACCUUGUGCUGCAUUUUUCGCAGUCGUUCCUGGUUAGGUCUUAAAAUGUAUAUAUUCUCACUUGGAUUACAAACCAUAAACUUCUUUUAUUAACUCUUUCCAAUUUAUCGCGAUUUCUGGCGCCACAAUGAUUCCAUACAAUGUUGCAGUAAUUUAGAUGUGUGAGUAUAAAGGCGUUAUACAACUUUAAUUUUACAUCAGUUGACAGAAUGUUCUUAAAUCGAUUUAAAACUGCCAGUUGAGCACUAACUUUUCGACUAAGUCCAGUUAUGUGUUUAUCAAACUUUAGUAUAUUGUCAAUAUUUAUACCAAGCAAGUCCACAUCAUGUUCCAGAGAGAUAACAACGUUGUCUACGUACGUUAAAACAAUGAUCUAUACAAUUGGAAGAUUUUCCCAUCAUUGCAUGAAAUUUAUCAGGAUUUGCUUUCAUUCCGUUAAUUGAAUACCAGGUACUAGCUUCUUUCAACUCUUCGUUUAAUGUAUUAACAACAACAAUAGGAUCUUUGUUUGAGUAGUGAAGCUGGGUAUCAUCGGCAUACGAAUGAGAACUAGCUUUAUUGAUAGUAUAGAAAAAGUCAUGAAAAUAUUAAAGAGAAUAGGCUCAAGAAUUGAACCUUGCGGAACUCCGUUUAUAAUUUUCUCCCAGCUUGAGAAACAAUCAUCUAUCUUUACUUUUUGGUAACGUUCAGUUAGAUAUGAUUCCAUCAGGCAUAGACUAUCUUCAUUGAAUCCAUAGGCAUAGACUAUCUUCAUUGAACGUCUGUACUUUUUAAUACUUCAGAAAAUAAAACUUCUAUUGAUUCAGGCAAGAUUUCCGGAAAAAUAAUGUCAAGUUUAUAAAAAGCUGUUGGAAAGUUUCUUUUGAAGUUUUUGUUAACGCUGGAUUGAGCUAUACAAGGUUUCAAACAGCUGGUCCCAGACAUUUAACAUGUUCGCCUCUGCACAAGCAAAUUCAUAAUGUUGUGUUACAGGAGCUUAAAAAAUUACUCUAACUUGUACCUCUAAGACAUAAUAAGGCUGAGCGUAUAAUACUAAAAUUUAAUCGUGUCCUUAUCCAGUUCAUUGUAGAGGAGUAAUUCUUGGAUCUCUUAUUUGAGAGUUUAUAAGGGCUAAUUCUUUAUGGAAUUUCUUGCAUUCAUCACCCAUUGCUCCAUUUGUCCCAAAUGCUGGUGGCGUAAAUGUUCCAUUUUCCACUUCUAUAAUAUGGUCGUUGUAUGCUCGUUUCUUCUCUUGCUCGGCGUUCUUUAGCACUUGGUGUGUCGUGAGGUUUCUGUGAGAUUGGGCAUUUACAUGUGUGACGCGAACAUUAUAUAAAAAAUACAGUUUGCCCUCUUCUCCAGAAUCCUCUUGCCUUCACAUCGACCCUCGCAUUAUCAUUGGUGUUUACCGUUCUGUACCGGUAGUGUUAAGAUUUGUUAACCUGUCAAUGGUUGUAAAAGGGGUUCAAUAGAAACAUCUUUGCAGACUUUUGAUAACAUUAUUGCUUUGAGAUCGUGAAUUUUAUUGUGACGAAUUGAAACAAAGCCACCUUUCUUCCAGUCCAUCGUAUGUUGAACUGUGGAUGGUACAAAUGUCAUGUUUGAGAUUCCAGGAGAGAGCCUUUCCCACAAUUCGGCGUAAAACUUCGCCAACUCCAAUUGGCCGGACUCCGGGCUUCUUAUCGAUAGAGAUAAGACGAUUGGCGACGUAGGUUUCCAGAAUAGAAGGAUCUGAUGGUGUCGUUGCGAUUGUUUUGGCAAAUAAGGCUAUUUCCUCUCAGAGAUGUUUCCCUUCUUUGGAAAAGUUCUUCAAUUGAUGAUAGAAUGCGUCUGAACUGAUCAGCGUCAAGCCAUGAUGCCACUGCGCUGCCUCUUGUAUUCAUAGCUGCUCUAAGAACGGUGUCUUCGUCGAUGGAAAAGUAUGUUUCAGGUACCUGGUUUAUUGGACCAUAUAACAGGCUUUCUUUGAGAAUUUCAGCAGGACUUUGGUGCUUCAUCUUGAGUUAAUCUGAAACAUAAUCGGUGAUGUUGAGAAGACUGCCCUGGCCUUCUUCGGUGAGGAAACGCAUAGCUGCAUGAACUUUCCCUUGGAACAUCAGCUUGCAAAACACUUACGAUAUCGUCCUCUCUUCUAAACGUUGAUUUAUUUUAAAGUUUCCUCUGAAUUUCGCUACAUUGGUAGCGGUUAUUAACAAGUUGUACUUUAUGUAAGAUGUCACAUUCGUCUCCAAGAACAAAAACAAAAUGGCGAAAAAAUGAAAAACAAAGCCAGCGGAGAUGUGAUCGCUAUUAUUGGACGUUGUUGUAAUAGGCAUUAAUUAUAAGAACAUACAUUUAACAGUGUUUUAGACAUUUAAAUAUUUUUUUGUGUCUCAAAAACAAAUGCUGGAUAAUGCAUCUUCUAGAGUCUAAAAGUUCAAAAUUUUCUGGAAGCAAUAAUUCAGUGAUUUACUUGGAACGAGGCUGGUUUUAGCCUGUCUUCCAUACAUAUGUGAUUUUUAUAAAAUAAGAAUACUGAACUCUUUCAGAUCAGUUAACAAUAUAUUGAUAACUUAUAUAGCCAAGUAUUCAAUCUAUUUCUGGUUGAAUUAAACAAAUUACGGGUAAUAUUAGAUUAAGAGUCGUUUAUUAAGAAACUUUUUAACAGCAACUAGUGAAUUUGAUUGCAUUUCCGGGGCUCUGGGAAGUCUCAGAUUUCAAAAUUUCUCGGGGGAGCAUGCCCCAGGACCCUCUAACAAACUCACGCCUUCGGCGUUUGCUAUAGCCCCCUAACCCAAAGUUCCGCGGUCCCUGAGCAUGCCAUCAGAUCCUCAAAGUUGCGAAGUUCGGCUUUCGGUUGCAACUCCUACUUUUCCCAACGCAACAUCUACUAUGAAAGGUUUUGAAACCACUGUUCUGGAGGAGAAUGCUGGGCAGGGGCGAAACUUGAGGAGGGUAUGGGGGAGGGUGACACCUAAAGUAUGAAUUACUUGGAUUGGCAGGGCGAAUCAUCUGGAUUGGCAGGGCAAUCAAAGAUUUUAAAUGAUAGAAUGUAGGUUAUUAAGUAACUUACAGGGCUUCCGGAGGGAAUUGAAUAGAAUUUUUAGACCUAAAUUUUACAGAUGUUGGUCGAAAAAUACGGGUUUCACGCAUGUUUUAACGCGAAUUUGUACGGAAAAAAUUUUUUGACCUUUAAUUUAACUGGUUUAUGUCCGAAAAAAUGUUUUCGACUCUUUUUUUGAAUGUCCGGAAAAAAGUUUUUAACCUCUCUUUUUUCAACCUGGCCAAAAAUAAAAAUUUGCUGCAGGGCAUCAUCGGCUUUUGCAGGGCAAUUCUGGCAGACACCCCCCGAAUUAAAAGGGGCUAGUUUCACCCCUGAUGCUGGGAAGGAUCAUAAAAGCUUUCAAUGCAGUGCACUGAUAUAAAGGUGAGUCGGAGUUGAAUUUAGAUAGCCAUAUAACAAACGUACUUGCAGGGAGGUGAGUCCGGGAUUGGACGCACCGAGGGUGGCUGGAAGUUUCCCGAACUUACCGAGCGAAGCGAGGUGAGUUCGGGAAACUUCCAGCCACCCGAGGUGCGUCCAAUCCCGGACUCACCGAACCUGCAAGUACGUUUGGUUUUUAUCCCAUACACCGAGCCAUACACACAUUUGUAGCUCUUCGCGAUAUAUUCGUCGAUGUUUUGUGAACAUUUUCCCGGCCAAAAAAUCACUGGGCAAGAAAAUACUUCUUUAUCUACGUCUACAUUACCUUUACUGCAUUUUUUCUUUGGUUUUUCUUCAGUCUCGGUAUGUUAGUCACCGAAAAAAGUUCUUUAAUUUAAAGUUUAGGUUUAUCGGCUAAAUCUUGUCCGCCAUAUUUGUUAUUGUUAUUGCAACGUAAGCAGUUUAGCGGGUGAGUUCGGGCGAAAAGCAGGUGAGUUCGGCAAAAAGCAGGUGAGCUCGACGACAAGCUCACCUGCUCUAAACCAAUCAGAAAGCCGCUUUUAACACAGGUAUGGGAUAAUGCGCCAAGACGUUAAUUCUGAAGUAAAAAGCCUUUCCAUGUUUCCUUGAAGGUACGAGGAAGACAUUUUUUCUCCACUUAGUUAUUUCAUCAUAUACCUCGUUAACUUGUGUGGAAAAAUAUUUCCUGGACAUCCCGCCCCAGUUUGUAUUUAGAGAGGGGUUACUUUGCUUGUAACCCGGCAGGUUGGGUUGUUGGCAAUUAUUGCUCGAUCUUACUGAUUCUUGUGAUAUACUGGUCGAUUGUUCCGUAGAAGAUGGUAUAAUACAUUUAUGCUGUCGAAUGUUUUCAUUUUUUUAAAACUGUAUUCUUUAUUGCAGCGGGAACACUUUUCCUAUUUGAUCAAUACGAGUAAGACGAUACUUGCGACAUAUCUGAUUAGCAUAGAUAUGUAAAUAUGUACUUGUUAUAUCUUUGCAGGUUUCCAGAAAUUGUAUUGGCGAAGAUGUAACACUUGAUAAUUUCCAUGAAUUGUUAAGUAGAUGGAGUAAAACAAGAACAUUCGCUUGCAGGUUGUACUGCAGUUAUACAGUAAAAUGUAUUCAUUUAAUACACGGGCCAUAUACAGUACAUUUAUUGGUGACCCAGUAUUGAGCCCAAUGCUUUUCAGAAUGUAGUUUUAGAUAUGUUCAAAUCCGAUGAAAAAUUGGGGAGGGUGAAUAAUUGUCAGCAGACGGAGUUGCAUAUCUUGCUCACAUCUACUCAUGAAAUCCACUGAACUUUAUUCUGUUAGAAAGCACUAUGUGACUGUUUUACUAGCACCCCCCUAGUAUUGAGACUCACAAAUUAUUAAGCCCCCCCCCCUAAUAAAAUCCUGGAGCACCACUGACAAUCGGCAGCCAUACUGUAAACGUCACAAUAGAAAAGUUUAACUUUUUUGUUUCUUGUCAUGAUUGGAAAGUAAGUUUUUUUCUGCAGUUUUUUUUAUUAAAAGAAUGUUCACCUAUUAUAAUUACAGGAUUUCAAGCUUUGCCAGCACAGAAUAAAAUUAUGUUUCAAUGCAUUCCUGCCCCUCUAAUUUGACAUGUGGGUUUGUUCUGUUCUAGGUCAGCAUACGCUCUGUUCUCAAGAUUAUUUUACUUUCGAAAGAGUGACACAGAUGUUGUUUUAUCAGAGACAUUCUCCAAAACGGUA